UUCCCUCUUGCAAUACCCAGAAGCUUUGGACCAGAAUAUUUAUUGAUUCAUAAAAAUAUAUUUCCCGCAAUGGCAGCCAGAUUUUCUUUUGUAUGCGUAGCAAUUCUGGGAAUGCUAGUGAUGGAAGCUAUGGCGGCUGAAUCUGCUGAUUCAGAGACAUACCCAAGAAGGCUUUUGCUCAGAGGGGCCAUAGCGGCUCCGCCGGUUCCCGGCGGUCCGGUUUCCGGGUCGGGAGAAAGAAGAGUUUCCGGGGAAGAAGCUGAAGCUCCGGAGAGUCUGGCGGCGCACCACCACUACAGUAAAUCAGUCGCCGGCGGAGAAGUCAUCAUCGGCGGCCUUGUCACUGCCCUUUUCGCGGCGGUUUAUUGCUACAUUCGGGUCACCCGGAGAAGGGUCGACGGGGAUCAACGAAGCGUGUAUUGAAUUUGUUAUUUACAGUGUCAUUUUUUCUUGUGAUAUAGUCCUAUAUUAUUACUAUUAUAUGAACAUUAACAAAAAAAAGUAUUACGUACAGUGCGUGAAUAGUUAGGUUAUUAGUGGGCAAUGUAGGUGAAUUUUGUGUUAUUUAUUGUGGCUUUUGUGGCUCUGUGCACGUGUUAGUUGAUAAUUAAUGGGGCAACAUAAUUUAUUGUUCGAUGAAUCGAAGUACUUGGGUUCAAUGUUCAGUUUGACCUGACCUAAGAAAUUAAUUUAAUCAAAUCUGG